AUGCCUCCCAAAGUACCAAUUCUGCUCCUUAAAACCCGCUCAUCCCCAAAUGACAGCUAUGACGACUUCUUCAACGCAAAAAACUACAUCCCCUCAUUCAUCCCCGUCCUAGAACACCGCUUCAACAAGACAAACUUAUCCCAAGUACGCAACCUAUUCGUCUCCGGCGCAUUCACACAAAAGAGCAAUGCGAACCCAACGGCGAAUACCAAUGAGGAUAUUCAAUGGUAUGGUGGUAUGAUAUUUACCAGCCAACGCGCAGUCGAGGGCUUCGCAAAUAUGAUCGAGCAAGAAGGACUCCCCCUGGAUCCUAAAUCAACUUCCUCAUUAAUCCUCUACACUGUCGGUCCAGCCACAGCGCGCUCUUUAACAACUCUACGAGAUGCACACCUCCCCGGUGCAACGAUCUAUGGUGCAGAGGCUGGAACCGGCGAGAACCUUGCUCAUAUGAUGCUGAAACACUAUAAUACCAUCUACCCGUCGAGUUCCAGUACAUCUACGCCUAAACCUGCGCUUUUGUUCCUGGUUGGUGAGCAGCGCCGAGAUAUUAUACCGAAAACACUUAUGUCGGAUACGUUACCGCUUGAUGAGCGGAUUACUGUUGAGGAGAUUGUGGUUUAUGAAACUGGGGAAAUGGAUUCCUUUGAGAAGGAUUUCCAGGGAAGUGUACAGAGGUAUGAGAAUGAUGGACAUGGGGAGAUUUGGGUGGUUGUUUUUUCGCCAUCGGGAUGUGAGGCUAUGUUACGGGUCUUGGGAUUGGGACCAUUCGCAAGUGAUAAGGGAGAUGGGAAUAAGGAUGAGAGGAAGGUCUUUGUUGCUACUAUUGGACCUACAACUCGGGAUUACCUGCGCAGUAAGUUCGCGUUUGAAGCGGAUGUUUGUGCUGAGAAACCGAGUCCUGAGGGGGUUGCGGAGGGUAUCCAGAGCUUUAUGGCUAAAUAG